UGUCAGCUGAGUACCAAUCAGGUCUCGUACAAGGACUGGAGUAGUUCAUCUUUCUCCUGGUUACAUUUAACAAGCAUCAUGCUACAAACAGCCGUUGUUGUUGUGUCCAUUCUACUGGCAGUUGGUGCAGCUAAUGUGCCACGCUUAGUACUAGACGAAUCGUACGUCAACCGUGUAGUCGGAGGUGAAGAAGCGAAGAAUGGAUCUGCUCCAUAUCAGGUGUCGCUGCAAGUCUCUGGCUGGGGUCACAACUGUGGUGGAUCGCUACUGAACGAUCGAUGGGUUCUAACUGCAGCUCACUGUCUUGUCGGAAAAGAACCCGGCAACAUGAUGGUACUUGUCGGUACAAACAGUCUGAAGGAGGGAGGUGAGCUACUGAAGGUAGAUAAGCUGAUGUACCACAGUCGCUACAACCAACCUCUGUUCGCUAAUGACAUUGGACUGGUACGUCUGGAGAAACAGGUAAAGUUUUCCGAGGUGGUGAAAAGCAUUGAAUACUCGGAAAAGGCAGUUCCCGUCAAUGCUACGGUACGAUUGACUGGCUGGGGUCGUACUAGUGCCGACGAAGUACCUACGAUGCUACAAAGUCUGAAUGUCGUCACCCUUUCGAAUGAGGACUGCAAGUUGAAGGGUGGCGAUCCUGGUUAUGCUGAUGUAGGACAUUUGUGCACCUUGACUAAAACUGGUGAAGGAGCAUGCAAUGGUGACUCCGGAGGUCCACUGGUGUACGAAGGAAAGUUGGUGGGAGUUGUGAACUUUGGUAUUCCAUGCGGUCGAGGAUAUCCGGAUGGGUUCGCACGUGUAUCGUACUAUCAUGAAUGGGUGCGCACAACUAUGGCCAACAAUUCCUAAUCUUCAUUGUUUACAUGAUGCCGAAGAAAUAAACAAAAAACGAUCGUGACAUAUUUUAAUAAUAUAAACCUAAAAACCCACGAAAAUUAUGUUUUCUAAU